AGUAUUGCUCUUUAUGCUGUGAUGCUAGUCUAUAAAUUGUUUAUUUCAGAAAUGAUGGAGAACCGACCCAACCACACCAUCUAUAUCAACAAUCUCAACGAGAAGAUUAAGAAGGAGGAUCUCAAAAAGUCCUUGUAUGCCAUUUUCUCCCAGUUUGGGCAGAUUCUGGAUAUCGUGGCGCUCAAAACAUUGCGCAUGCGCGGACAGGCUUUUGUUAUCUUCAAAGAGAUCAGUAGCUCAACAAACGCACUCAGAUCAAUGCAAGGGUUCCCGUUUUACGACAAACCUAUGAAGAUCGCGUAUGGAAAAACUGAUUCUGACGUGAUUGCUAAAAUCAAGGGAACUUUCCAAGAACGCCCAAAGAGAGCUCCAGUUGAUAAGAAGAAGGGAAAGAAGGGAGGGAAGUCUGGAGCUACCGUUGGAGCAGCUGGAGCUGGUAUGCAGACUCAGGGAGUGGAGAAUGCUCCUCCAAACCAGAUUCUUUUCUUGACAAACCUGCCCUCGGAGACCAACGAGAUGAUGUUGAGUAUGCUCUUCAACCAGUUCCCGGGAUUCAAAGAGGUCCGAUUGGUUCCUGGUCGUCACGACAUCGCGUUCGUCGAGUUCGAGAACGAAAUGCAAUCCGCUGCUGCUCGAGACGCACUCCAGGGAUUCAAGAUCACACCCACCACUGCAAUGAAGAUUUCCUUCGCCAAGAAGUAGAUCAAGAACUCUCAUCAUCGCAUUUUGUGGCAGUCAUUUUUUUCUUGGCGUAUUUGUAAGGAAACCUUUGUUUAAGUACCUUUACCUGUAAUAUUUGGUUUGUCCUGCCAAUAGUGAAUAAAUUAAAAAAAAAAAAAAAAAUGUAUUUCAAG